AGAAAUAUAUGGUCGUUUAAAAAUAUACAGUGGAACAAUAAAUUUAAUAAAUUAUAAUACAUAUCAUAUGAAAUAUUCCUUGUUAAACACAAGUAUUAUUUUCAAUUGAAGUUGUUAUUCAGAGUUGCUAUGUACAAGUGUAAAACAUGGCAGAUAAAAAAACAAGAAUACCGGAAGAAGUGCAAUUAAAAGAUGAAGAAAAAGUGAAAGAAUCAUUAGAAAAUAAGACUUUCGUUGAGAAAUUAUGUUAUAUAAAGUCAAAUAUCACCGUAGAACCGAUCUUUGCCGGUUUGGUAAUACCUUCUAUGCUAGCAAGGUUAGCAGUACAAAACUUGAAUUUGGAUAAAGCUUGUCGUGUGAAACUACAAUAUGGUGAUGCAAUAUGCGAUGCUCUGAUCGAAAAGAAAGGCAACCACACAAUUGAAGAAGUAGAAGUGCAGAAAGUGAUUUCGGCUGUUGAAUCGUGGAAGAGUGUAGUACAAACAGCACUUCCAUGUUUGUUAGUGAUAUUUAUGGGAGCUUGGAGUGACAGAACUGGUAACAGAAAACUUUGUAUCCUGAUGCCAAUUUUUGGGGAAUUAUUUGCUAAUAUAAGCAAUUUAAUCAGCACAAUACUGUUUAGUCAGAUCUCUGUAGAAGUGACAAUGUUUUUAGAAGCUAUUUUUCCAGCUAUAACAGGAGGUUGGGUAAUGAUCUUUUUAGGUAUUUUUAGUUAUAUUACUGACAUUACUACAGAAGAGUCCAGAACGUUUAGAGUUGGAGUUGCAAAUUUAUGUCUGACUGCUGGUAUACCUAUAGGAUCAUCAUUGAGUGGGAUACUUCUAAAGUGGUUAGGUUAUUAUGGAAUUUUCACAAUAUCUUGUUCAAUAUAUAUUACAACUAUAUUGUAUGGUAUAUUUUAUUUGAAAAGUAAUACAAAGCCGAGAACUAAUUCAAAUGAAGAAUCAAAACCACUAACAUUGACAGAUUUAAUAACUUUAGUCAAGGAUACAGCAAUGGUCGCAUUCAAAAAGCGACAUGGUAAUACUAGAAUUAAAAUUAUACUGACUCUAUUUGUAGUAGCCAUUAUUUAUGGACCAGAUCAGGGUGAAAAAAUUGUAACUUAUAUGUUUUUAAGAUACCGUUUAAAGUGGGAUGCACUUAGAUAUAGCAUAUACUCAACAUACAGUAUUAUCAUACACUCUCUCAGUGCAUUAUUUUCAAUCAGCUUGUUCAGCAAACGUUUAGGAUUCCACGAUUCAAUGUUAUGCCUCAUAUCCAUUACUAGCAGGAGUAUUGGCUCCACAUACAUGGCUUUUGUUUACACUGACUUUCAAAUGUUCAUGGUGCCAAUAGUGGGGAUCCUGAACGCAACUACGUUUACAUCACUGAGGUCGAUGAUUUCUAAACUGGUGCCCAGCGAGGAAGCAGGAAAAAUGAACUCCCUGUUCAGUUUGGUGGAAACGUUAGCAGCUUUAAUGUUCAACCCUAUUUACUCCAUCUUAUACUUGAAGACCAUCAGCAUUUUUAGUGGAAGCGUUUUCAUAUUUAGUGGAAUUCUUACAUUGCCUGCUAUUAUUGUUUUGAUUUGGCUUUUCAAUCGUCACAGACGAGAAACUAAACAAAAACAACUAGAAGAUGUCGAAAUGAGAAAAACUGAAGAGAUUGUAGAUAAGGAAUCGACGUAGAUAUAGCUAUAUUAUUUAAUAAAUAUGAGAAAAAUAAAUCAAAAGAAUUGUCAACAGUCAAAUCUGUCUAUCUUGACAAUGUUUCAGAACUGUAGACUCAAUUAAAACAGAAGUUA